AGGAUUUAAAAAAAACCCUUUUCUGUUGCUAUCUUCCUUUUUCUCAAACAGCUUCGGAGCGUCUGUACUACACUUUCUGCUUGUAAAACAAAGGGAUAUUCUGGGGGGGGGAGAAUAGAUUUUUAUUUAUUUAUUUAUUUAUUUAUUUAUUUUGAAAUAUUUCUAGCCCGCUCUAUUUUAACCAGAAACUCAUAGCGGCGAACAGCAGCCGUAGAAUAAAAACUAUACAAUACACCCAAUACAUACAAUCAACAAGUUAAAAAACAUACAAAAAAUUUAUGCUACUAUCGUAAUCGUAGAUAAAAGCUUUUUAAAAACCCACCCUUUUCAAAUAAUUGUAGCACUGUUUGUGUUCUAAAAUAGGCUUCCCUGUAAAAGAGCGAACGUUAGGUAAGACACACAGCCCAAACUAAAAGGAAGUCCACUCCCAGGGGAGGGGGGAACUUUCCAUAUCCACCCUAAAUCUUAAAUUGAGGCGAGACUAGCGAUCUUUUAUCCUGAAAAUAGUACUGCUACUUCUCUUUCCCCUCAAAUUAUUACUUUUUGAAGAGAGUGCUGUUUUGUCCUCCUGCGCCUUCCUGCCUUUUGAGGAGCUUGUCAUAACUGUGUAGCCUUAAAUGUAAUCUCUUUAGAGAAGUUGGUAUUCAGAGGGCAGCUUGAAGUUUCACUUUCACUUAGUUGACAAAAGAUGUAACUGAGUAAUUCAACAGAUGGCAGCAUAACAAGAUUGAGUAUGAUCUUUAAGGUUCCCUGGCUGAAUACUUACAUCUGACUGGCACAUGGAGGUUGACUUCCUCCAAGAAGAGUUCUGUGAAGAGUUCCUGGAAUUAAAUGUUGUGAAGAACUUUGUAUGUGAACAAGACUGCCCUGACCAUGAAUAGUACGACUUAGCACCCUUCCCAACAUGACCUCUGAGUGUGCUGCUUCUAAAUAGGAAUUUUAUCCUUAAAAUGAUCGGUGUUGCACACAUGCUUUGAUCUAUUUCUGAUGAAUGUUUUAGCCAUGAGUUUACAUCGGCAAAUGGGAUCUGAUAGGGACUUGCAAUCUUCUGCUUCCUCUGUAAGCUUACCUUCAAUUAAAAAGGCACCAAAGAAAAGAAGGAUUUCACUAGGGUCUCUCUUUCGAAGAAAAAGGGAUACAAAACGCAAAUCCAGAGAAAUAAAUGGAGGUGUGGAUGGCAUUGCAAGUAUUGAAAGUAUACACUCAGAAAUGUGCACAGACAAGAACUCUAUUUUCUCUUCCUAUGUGUCUUCUGACAAUGGAACAACUGUCUGCAGCAAACAGAGCGGAGACUUCAUGGAGUGUCCCUUGUGCCUUUUGCGGCACUCUAAGGAGAGGUUUCCGGAAAUAAUGACUUGUCACCAUAGAUCUUGUGUAGAUUGCUUGCGUCAGUAUCUCCGGAUAGAAAUCUCUGAGAGCAGAGUUAAUAUCAGCUGUCCAGAGUGCUCUGAGCGAUUUAAUCCCCAUGAUAUUAGGUUGAUAUUAAAUGAUGACGUCUUGAUGGAAAAAUAUGAGGAAUUUAUGCUUAGACGAUGGCUUGUGGCAGACCCUGAUUGUAGAUGGUGUCCUGCUCCAGAUUGUGGGUAUGCUGUAAUAGCUUUUGGCUGUGCAAGCUGUCCUAAACUUACAUGUGGACGUGAAGGCUGUGGAACUGAAUUCUGCUACCACUGUAAACAAAUUUGGCAUCCCAACCAGACUUGUGAUGCUGCUCGCCAGGAGAGAGCCCAGAGCCUACGUUUGCGAACAAUUCGUUCUUCAUCCAUUAGCUAUAGCCAGGAGUCUGGAGCAGCAGCUGAUGACAUAAAGCCAUGCCCGCGUUGUGCUGCUUAUAUAAUAAAGAUGAAUGAUGGAAGCUGCAAUCACAUGACAUGUGCAGUCUGUGGUUGUGAGUUCUGUUGGCUAUGUAUGAAGGAGAUUUCAGACUUGCAUUAUUUAAGUCCAUCAGGUUGUACAUUCUGGGGGAAAAAACCAUGGAGUCGGAAGAAGAAAAUACUGUGGCAAUUGGGGACACUUGUAGGUGCACCUGUAGGAAUUGCCUUAAUAGCAGGCAUUGCUAUUCCAGCUAUGAUUAUUGGAAUACCAGUAUAUGUGGGACGUAAGAUUCACAAUCGCUAUGAGGGCAAAGAUAUUUCAAAGCACAAGAGGAACUUGGCCAUUGCAGGUGGAGUAACCUUGUCUGUAAUUGUUUCUCCAGUUGUAGCUGCAGUAACUGUAGGAAUAGGUGUCCCUAUUAUGUUGGCAUAUGUGUAUGGAGUAGUUCCUAUCUCUCUCUGUCGAAGCGGAGGUUGUGGUGUAUCUGCUGGAAAUGGAAAGGGAGUCAGAAUAGAAUUUGAUGAUGAAAAUGAUAUAACUGUUGGUGGAACAAAUGCAGCAGUAGAUACCACAUCAGUAGCAGAGGCACGUAAUAACCCUAGCAUAGGGGAAGAAAGUGUUGGAGGAUUGACUGGAAGCCUGAGUGCAAGUGGCAGCCAUAUGGACAGAAUAGGAGCCAUUCGAGACAACCUGAGUGAAACUGCCAGUACCAUGGCCCUGGCUGGAGCUAGCAUAACAGGGAGUUUGUCAGGAAGUGCAAUGGUGAGCUGUUUUAACAGGUUGGAAGUCCAAGCAGACGUGCAGAAGGAGAGAUGCAGUUUGAGUGGAGAAUCGGGCACUGUUAGUUUAGGAACAGUUAGUGACAAUGCCAGCACCAAAGCAAUGGAUGGAUCCAUUAUAAAUUCUUACAUCCCUUUGGAUAGAUAUGGGAUGUUGUCUUUUCCCCCCCCUUCUAGAGACAGUAGCAGUAUGGAGGUGCAAGUAGACAUUGAAUCGAAGCCCACAAAAUUCAGGCACAACAGCGGAAGCAGUAGCGUUGAUGAUGGUAGUGCUGCAGGUCGUAGUAAUGCUGGUUGUUCAUCGGCUUGCCUGUCAGAAAACAAAUCUAGUGCCACCAAGUGGUCCAAAGAAGCAUCAGCAGGGAAAAAAUGCAAAGGUAAACUAAGAAAAAAGAGUAGCAUGAAGAUAAAUGAGACCAGAGAGGACAUGGAUGCUCAGUUGUUGGAGCAACAAAGCACAAACUCCAGUGAAUUUGAUUCUCCUUCUCUCAGUGACAGUAUCCCAUCUGUAGCUGAUUCCCACUCAAGUCAUUUUUCUGAGUUUAGUUGCUCUGAUAUGGAGAGUAUGAAAACUUCAUGUAGCCAUGGUUCCAGUGAUUAUCAUACCCGGUUCACCACAGUUAGCAUUCUCCCAGAGGUAGAAAAUGACCGUUUAGAAAACUCUCCACACCAAAGUGGCAAUUCCUUGCUUAUUCCAGCUUCUUCAAAUACAGAAGUUCCACAGCUGAGUCACAUUGCUGAAGAGUGUGUUUAUAAUGAGACUUCAAGUAUUGCAGACGUGGGUACUGGUGAGACGCUGAAAGAAACAAACAACAACCAUUCACAGCAUGCUGUAGAGUUAAACAUUGCAAUUCAAACAGAGAUUUGAAACGUGUUAAGUGCUGCAGAAAUGUAUUUACCACUAAAGAGCCCCUUUUUGUUAGCUGGUCGGGUAAUUUCAGCAACCAGCCGAAGCAAAGCUUCAAUGCAAUCUACAUUUUAUAUAUAUCUGUAUUAAGGCAGAAUGCUUUGCGUGGAAUUCUGUUGCAGAACUCUGUGAAGUGACAUGAAGGUUUUAACAAGUGCAUUACAAUGAAACAAAUAUGUUGAUGUUUUGUAUUAUUGCCAUAACUUUGCUGAAAGUCUGUGUUUGCUAUACUUGAGUGGGGGGAAGCUGACUCAUGUUAAACGCUCAAGUGACUACUUGUUAUAAGCAUAAUGUAAAAACUCAGUAAGUAAUUUCAAGUGCACAACAGUAACUUAAUUUCAUGCUGUGGGAAAUAGUACAUAGCAAAAAUGAGUUGCUGUGACAUACCAAAUAUUUCAAUGCUGAUAACUUUGUCUGGAGCAGAAUCUAAUCUGUUCUGAGUAAUGCUAAGACAUGCAUUCUUGGAGCAAGGUUAUGGCAUUUAAUAUAACUUUAAAUAUGAAAAACUGGUACUUGAUAUACGGUAGGUAGCAAGGUGACGUCUCCUUAUCAAACAAGUGGGGGUAAUUUAAUUAUAUCUACAACUGACAGCAGAAGACAAGGUUAUGGUAUGCUGUAUAAAAGUUUUUGUAAAAUUUAAAAUCAUUUUACUUUGUAAUCCAUUAUAGAGAAACUGAUACAGUCUCCUUUCACCAGGGGACUUCAGUUAUGCUGUUUAAUUCUUGGUGCCUUUGGAAAAGACCAGGGUUUUAAGUGCCUGGUCUGUUGAUGAUUUCACUGUAAAGUUUUCCAGAAUGUGUUCUUCUGCCACCUUUUUAGAAUCUGAAGGAAAACUUCAGCAAAUCAACUGACUGUGGUAGAUUAAUGGGUAUCAUAAUACUGAAGUAUUAGCCUACCAAAGACUCACUCAGGCUUUUAAUGGAUAACUUUGCUGACAUCCCUUUGCGAGUCACAUGCACAGAAAUAAAGCACAGUGCAGAGCUUGCACACAUACAAAAGUUGGGCUUCAAGUAUGGCUGGCUUCUGGGACUUUCCUACUCAUCUUCCUUAUGGAAGAUGUUCAGCUAAACACAAGCUGAAGGUAGCUCAUGCGCCUGCACUGUUAGAUGUUUGAUACACAAUUCAUAAUAAUGCAUGCCCUCUGCCCCUACCACCCCAGAGAAAAAGAUGUGGAUCUUUGGCAUAAUAGCCUUCAAUUUUUGUUCUGUGCUUUUUGUAAGUAUUGCCAUUAUGGUGCUACUGAAAGUUUGGUUGUAUGAGAAGGUGGCUGCAGCCCUCUUCCAUGACUUCCCUUCACCAGUUUCUUUAAUCAGCGAAUAACACUAGUGCCAGAUAUGUUAUUUGGUAACGCUUGAUAUAUUUGUAUAUUUGCUCUUUUCAUUUGCUCAAUGAUGUGUGUAAACUGCAUACCUGAAAUAAAUGUCUGAGUACUAUUUUAGUUGUCCUCUGUCCAUUAAACGAAGAAUAUUUAUUAAUGGUACAAGUAAGCAUCAGAAGCAUUAAUUUUACCCUGCAGUGUACUGAGAGCUCAUUUUUCUUUCAUGGUGAUCAUUCACAUUCAUGCUUGGAGUAGGAUGAAUGGCUGUUUCAUAGAAAGGCAAAUGCAAAGUAGUGUGUUUGGCAUUUUCACCCCUCCUUUCUGCCAAUUAAGUUUUUCCAUAAGGAAAUUAACAUUGUUACAGAAUAUAACAUUUCUUAUUUUCUUAUAACAAAACAACCCCCUGCAAUGUAUUCUGGAUGGACUCUGACCUGCUUAAUCAAAUUGGGGGCGGGGAAUUGAACUAGUUUUCUUGAUGAAUAAUAUUCUUUGCAUGCAGAAGGUCCCAGGUUCAGUCUUUGGCAUAUCCAGUUAAAAAGGAUCUGAUAACAGGUGAUGUGAAAGCUCUUUUUAUUUGAGACCCUGGGUCAGAGUUGAUAAUAAUCCUGGGCUAGAUGAGCAAAUAGGCUGACCUUGUAUAAAGCAGCUUUCUUCCUACGUACACAUUUCACAGAAAAUAUUAUGUGUAGCAUUUUCCUUAUUUUUUAUUU